GAGGGGGCGGAACUAGGGAGUAAGGGUUCCUCCAAACACAUAAAACGGCCACGGCGGAAAGAUGAGACGACCAGACACUCAUGGCAUAAAAAAUGGCGGCUUGACCUGCUGUGUAAAUUUCGCUAACUUUUAUUAAGAGGUGCGCCUUGUAUUCGUGACUCGAAUACAUGUUUGUUGACUGCUAAGGGACAAAGGCUCACCGUUAAAGUUUUAAAUUAUUCGAAUUGCAAUGAAGCUACUUCAUAUUGGUAAUUUGCUUGCAAAACGAAGUUUAUCAACAUGUGUUCCAGGUACUGGAAAGUAUGCCCCAAAACUUAAACAUUGUGUAAAGAAAUUGGAAUUGUUACCUAGAAGUAUAAUAUGCUCAUCAAAACUUUUUUCAACAGAAGCAAAAGAUGAAGCUGCAGUUGUAGGUGUCCCGUACUCCAGCUUGACUGUGGGUGUUCCAAAAGAAGUUUUUUUAAAUGAGAAAAGAGUUGCUUUAUCGCCACAAGCUUGCAAAGUACUCACAGGAAAAGGUUUCAAUGUUGUUGUAGAAGAGGGCGCAGGGGAAGCUGCAAAGUUUUUAGAUAAAGAGUAUGUCGAUGCUGGUGCUAAAAUUGUUCCGACAAAAGAUGCAUUUCAAUCUGACAUUGUUUUGAAGGUUCGACCUCCUGCUGAACAUCCAACUUUAGGCGUACAUGAAGCUGAGUUGAUGAAACCUGGUGCUAACCUUUACAGCUUUAUUCAUCCUGGUAUAAAUAAAGCCUUAGUAGAGAAGUUAGGUGAACAAAAACUAACCACCUUGGCCAUGGACUGCGUUCCACGUAUUUCACGUGCUCAAGUGUUUGAUGCGCUAAGCUCAAUGGCUAAUAUCGCUGGAUACAAAGCUGUUCUUGAAGCUGCAAAUAAUUUUGGAAGGUUCUUCACUGGUCAAAUUACAGCAGCAGGGAAGGUUCCCCCAGCUAAAGUGCUUGUAAUAGGAGGAGGUGUGGCUGGCCUGUCAGCAAUGGUAACUGCUAAAAAUUUAGGAGCUAUAGUUCGUGGUUUCGAUACACGUGAAGCUGUGCGUGAGCAAGUACAAUCAUUAGGCGCAGAGUUUUUAGAAGUAAACAUUAAAGAAUCUGGAGAAGGUGGCGGAGGUUACGCGAAGGAGAUGUCGCCUGAAUUCAUCAAGGCAGAAAUGGAAUUGUUUGCCAAGCAAGCUAAGGAUGUGGAUAUUAUCAUUACUACUGCAUUAAUUCCUGGAAAACCAGCUCCAAAACUUAUAACAAAAGAAAUGGUUGAAAGCAUGAAACAAGGAUCUGUUAUUGUUGAUCUCGCAGCAGAAACUGGUGGCAACUGUGAGGUUACUAAACCUGGAGAGAGCUACAACUACAAGGGUGUGCAGAUUGUUGGAUAUACAGAUCUUCCUAGUCGUCUACCUACGCAAUCCAGCUCCUUAUAUGCGAAUAACAUCUCUAAACUGUUGCUGUCUGCUGGCGAAAAAGGCCAUUACAAUUUGAAUUUAGAAGAUGAAGUUAUCAGAGGUUCUAUGGUUCACCUGGAUGGUAAAUUGAUGUGGCCGCCCCCAGCGAGUGCUGCUCCUCCACCACCACCUCCGGCAAAAGAAGCGGCAAAAAUUAUAACUGCGCCAGUAAAGACCCCAUGGCAGGGCGCUGUUCAAGAAACUGGACUUGUGACAGCUGGUCUUGGAAGUAUACUCGGUCUUGGUAUGGUGUCUCCAAAUAUGGCUUUUAAUCAAAUGAUGACAACUUUUUCACUUGCUGGUGUUAUUGGUUACAAAGUUGUUUGGGGAGUAACACCUGCUCUCCAUUCACCCUUGAUGUCAGUUACAAAUGCUGUAUCUGGUAUCACUGCAGCAGGAGGACUGCUACUAAUGGGGGGAAGCAUCGUUCCGCAUAGUACGGCGCAAUAUCUCGCAGCCACCGCUGCUCUCGUUUCCUCUAUCAACAUUACGGGAGGUUUUAUCAUCACUAAAAGAAUGUUGGACAUGUUUAAAAGACCAACUGACCCUCCGGAGUACCAUUACUUGUACGCCAUUCCUGGGGCGCUCUUUGUGGGUGGUUAUGCUGCGACCAACAUGGCUGGAUAUUCUGAUAUGCAUCAAAUGCUUUAUCUUGGGUCAUCUUUAUGCUGUAUUGGUGCAAUUGGUGGACUGUCUACGCAGAGCAGUGCUCGAACUGGAAAUGCACUAGGAAUUAUUGGAAUCACCAGUGGAAUAGCAUCUACAAUUGGCAUAAUGGCACCCAACACUGAUGUUCUUACUCAGAUGGGAAUUACUAUGGCUGUUGGUGGAACAAUAGGAGCUGUUAUAGCUAAGAAGAUAGCUGUAACUGACCUACCACAAUUGGUUGCUUUGUUUCACAGUUUUGUCGGUCUUGCUGCUGUUUUAACCUCGUGUGCAUCGUACCUUAUAGACGCAAAUCAUUUUGCGAUGGAUCCAUCUGGAAACGUACACAAAGCUGCCAUCUAUGCUGGCACUUUCAUUGGCGGCAUAACAUUUACCGGCUCGUUAACGGCUUUUGGAAAACUUCAAGGUUUACUCAAAUCUGCACCAUUAAAUUUACCUGGCAAAAACUUUUACAAUAUUGCUAUGGGAACUGCUAGCGCAGGUGCUUUGGGCUUGUUCAUGAACAGCAAUGAUCCAUCCGUGUGUAUUCCUAUGUUAGGUGCCGCAAGUGGUUUAUCUGGUGUUAUGGGCGUCCACAUGACCGCAUCUAUUGGCGGUGCUGACAUGCCUGUUGUCAUAACAGUGUUGAACAGUUACAGUGGGUGGGCGUUGUGUGCAGAAGGCUUCAUGCUGAAUAAUGAUCUGUUAACAAUUGUCGGGGCUUUGGUGGGAUUUUCUGGUGGUAUCUUAUCCUACAUUAUGUGCAAAGCGAUGAAUCGAUCUCUUACCAAUGUAUUGUUUGGUGGAUAUGGAACGCUUAGCUCUGGAACUGGUGAAAGAAUGAAGAUCACUGGAACACAUAGUGAAAUUAAUGUCGACUCAACUGUUGAACUGAUCACGAGCUCCAAGAAUAUCAUCAUCGUACCAGGUUACGGUCUAGCAGUUGCUAAAGCACAAUACGCCAUUGCUGAUAUGAUUAGUAAAUUAAGAGAAAAGAAUAUUAACGUUAGGUUUGGAAUUCACCCUGUUGCUGGUCGUAUGCCUGGCCAACUGAAUGUGUUAUUGGCGGAAGCUGGUAUUCCGUAUGAUGUAGUGUUAGAAAUGGAUGAGCUAAAUGAUGAUUUCCCAGAUACAGACUUAGUUCUUGUUAUUGGUGCAAACGAUACAGUUAAUUCCGCUGCACAAGAAGACCCGAAUUCUAUCAUUGCGGGAAUGCCCGUGCUAGAAGUAUGGAAAGCGAAGCAGGCCAUUGUCAUGAAACGAACCAUGGGUACAGGUUAUGCUGACGUCGACAAUCCUGUCUUUUACAAAGAAAAUACGUCUAUGUUGCUAGGAGACGCCAAAUCUACGUGCGACGCGUUAUUGACGAAAAUUAACGAACAUUACAACUGAACAUGUUUCGUAGGAAGGUAGCAAUUUAAAAAUGGUAGAAUUAAUUUUUUUUAUCUAACACAUAAACACUGUGGUUUUUAACCUCUUUUUUGUUACGAUGGAAUAAGACUUGAGUGGUUACUUGUGAACAACUUCAGUGGAGAGAAAAUCUAUAAUUAAAUUUCAUGAGCGAUGUUCAAAAGAUGAGCCGAUGUUCUUGAAUUUUUUAAAAAAAUAAGUGGCCACUCUAAAAAUGGAAUAUUAUUUUUUCUGAAAUAAUUUUUUACCAGA